GAAGCAAUUGGCGGUAUGGCGAAUCAAUCCUCGUCGUGUCCCAUCUACUGCGUUUCGUUCAAUCAAGAUAACAGUGGUUUCGCGAUAAGCUCAAAAGAUUCGUUCAAAAUAUUCGAUUCCACUACAGGCAGACUCUGCUAUGGACGAGCUGCUGGGGCUUACGUAAUUGUCGAGAUGUUGUACCGCUCAGAUCUACUUGCCAUAGUCGGAGCUGGUGAACAGCCUUCUCUGUCACCGAGGCGUCUCUGUUUAUUCAAGACCACAACCGGGUCUCCUCUCAGGGAGUUGAACUUUUUAACUUCUAUUCUUGCUGUCCGCAUGAACAAGAAAAGACUUGUUGUUGUGCUAGUAGAGAAAACGUUUGUCUACGACUUGAAUACUCUCACUAUGCUGGAUACGAUUGAUACAGCCCCAAAUCCGAAAGGUCUUUGUGCAUUCUCUCCAUGUUUAGAAGCUUGCUUCCUUGCCGUACCCGCCAGUGCAACCAGAGGAUCCGUUUUAGUGUAUAACGUGAUGGAUUUGCAGUCUCACAGCGAGAUAGAUGCCCACCGAUCUCCGCUGGCUGCAAUUGCCCUCUCUUCAAACGGAAUGUACAUUGCCACGGCUUCUGAACAAGGAACCCUAAUCAGGGUCCAUCUUGUUUCAGAUGCGACCAAGUCAUAUAGCUUCAGGAGGGGCACAUACCCGUCGACGAUAUAUUCACUGUCUUUCGGACCGUCGACACAUCUUCCAGAUAUACUGAUAGCUACAAGUUCUUCUGGCUCGAUUCAUGCCUUUUUUCUACAGUCGGCCAUAAAGCAAAGAAGUAAAAGAUCUACCAGCUUUCUCGGAUCUGUUCUUCCCGAUACCGUGACUGAUGCAUUAGAUCCAGCUCAUCAUCACGUGCUUCAGAACGCCGUUUCAGCUGGAAUCAAGAGUCAUGCAGUGGUCAGGAAGAUAGACAAAGUAGAGGGUACAUCUCCAUUUGAUUCUUCAUCCUUUAGGGCGACGAUAUUGGUAAUAACGGUUCACGGGUAUUUCCAGGAGUAUACUCUAUCUAUAGACAACAAGAAUGAAUCUGCAUGGACUUUAGAACGCGAAUUCAACCUCUUGUCCAUCACCACAAGCUGACAUUAACCCUAAGAAUGUAUGUCUCAUUUAUUUGGAAAUCCAUGAUUGAUGUCGAGGAAGUCAUGCUCUUCCUUCCAUGUGUAUAUAACGAAUGUAUUAUGGGGAUGAAUAAAUAUGUAUAUGAUUCUUGGUUCCAUUUACAGCGUUCGUUCUUAUUGAUUA